AUGUCAAUGGAUUCAAAACUUCGGGUUUUAAGCGUUGGUAGCAACGCAAUUUCUGCUUUUAUAGGCUGGCGGUUAUCAGAAAGUAAGGCUUGUCAUACAAGUCUUGUUUGGCGUAAUCGAAGUGAAAGCGUCAUGUCUGAGGGCAUCCGUAUCCGUUCCAGUGUAUUUGGUUCAACUAAAUGGAAGCCUGAUGUUGUCGUGCCUACGAUUGAGCAGCUCGUAACAAAUAACGAACCUUUCGAUUAUGUAUUUGUGUGCCUAAAAAUAAUUCCUUCUGUUUAUGACCUUGGUACUGCUAUAAAAGAUGUUGUUACCCCUGGUCAUACCUGUGUUGUAUUAAAUACUACCGGAAUUGUUGGUGUCGAAAAAGCUUUACAAGAUACGUUUCCGAAUAAUUCUAUUAUCUCUUUCGUUAUUCCGGACCAAUUUGCUCAAAGAGGACCAAUGCAGUUUGAGCAUACUGCAUUCGCUGCCGAUACUGCUAGCAGCGUCAUGUAUUUAGGAUUAACUGACGAGGAAGAUGAAAUUCCAGACUCAGUUCAGGACGCUAUGAUUGAAACACUAACGUUAACUCUGGAAGCAGGCGGUGUAUCCUGUUCAUUUUUACCUAAAAUACAACAAAAACAGUGGGAAACAGGAAUUGGCCAUAUGGCCUUUUUUCCUAUUUCCAUUCUAAAUGACGAACCAAAUUUGUCUUUAAUAUAUAAAGCCAGUUCUUUUGUAAAAGUCAUUGAUGGUAUUAUGAACGAAGCUUUGUCCACUGCCGUGAUGCAGGGUUGUGAUUUUCCUCUGGAAAAACAAGAUUCAUUGAAACGAUUUAUAGUAAAUCGAAUGUUAGCAGCUCCUCGUCCCUCAUAUAUAUAUCAGGACUAUCUAGCUCAUCGCCCUUUGGAAGUAGAGGUGUUGUUAGGAUACCCCGUUCAAAUUGCCAAUCAAUAUAAAGUAUCAGUGCCAUAUAUGGAAACCAUUUUUGCAUUGUUUGAAGCGAAAGCUAAAAAGAACCUUACUUCCGCUCCAGCUGUCCCUCAUCCAAUCCCAGCUGUCGCCUCUAGUCGAAUAUCACCAGUUGGUUUAACUUCUCGAUCUCCGUCUCGCUCUACCGUCGGUACGUCGACUAGAAUGAGUAGUGUGGAUGAUCUCAUGAACAAGCGACAGUUUGCCUCUUCACCAGCUUCGCAAGCGCCCUCUACUCGAUCAAUGUAUAAGAUUCCAAGUGCAUCCAUGGUAAAUUUGUCUUCACCCGUUGUCACAUCAUCAGCAGACCUUGGAGGAAGAGCAAUGCCAACGCGAUUUACGGGAAGAAAUAUGCGUGGAAGCCCGUUUACCAUGAACAAAGCUGGAUCGGUGUCAGAUAUUCUAAGUAUGUCGGAUGGAUUGGUCCCUAAUGAUCCUAGUGAAACUGCGUCAGUUGCAGGAGGGGCACCUUCUUUUGAUAUGCUGACAUUGACGCAACGAAGGAAUCGUAGAAACUCACAGAUGUCCUCAUCUUCCAUGGGUCUUCCAUCGAGCGCUCCGUCUUCGGGUGAUCGCCGUUAUACUUGGACUGGCCGUCCACCACCACCCAACAAAGGCUUUACUGAACCCGUCAUUCCAAUUUUAGAAGACCCAAUGACGGCUUUGUAUGAUACUAGUCGUUACCCAACGAGACCUCCAGGUAGUAGCGCAUCAUCAAUAAAUGGCAAGUCUACUCCUAAAGCAUCCCGACCCCCUUCGAUUGCAUCUACGUCGACUACUCCUCGAAGAUUUGGUUAA